AUGACGAAGGCCGUGUCACCCCACUGGCGGCACCCACUGAAAGAGGUGUGGAAUGCUCCGGGAACGUCGUCGGCUGCUGUUGCCGCCCAGAGCAAGUAUUUUACCCCGGAACGACUGGAGGCAUUGCUGAGCAGCACAUUGACCGGACAGGACAUAAGAAAAAGAGGAGCUUCUGGGCCGCUCUCGACCGACAGCCAAAGGGAGCUGGUCCAAAUUCUCACCGAGCAUCACUGCAACGCUGGGAAAAGAGCCAAGGAAGAAUGCUUGGCGGAAUAUGCGGAAUGCAUCGUGGCGCUUUUUAAAUACGAGAAGGCUGAAACAUACUACAUCCCUCGCGCUGGUGGGAGGAAAAACCCCGGCGGCAAGCUGUAUAACAAAAUCGUCAACAGCAGGCAGAAAGCUGCUAAAAGGAAACUGCGCGAAGAAGCUCAUCUGGCCAUCAAGAAACCAGCUACGAGUCUUGAAGUAUCCGAUGAGUCUGCUGUGAAAGCAGUUGAGUGGUUGAAAUAUAAUAAACUGCCAUGGACAACAGCAUUGGAUAAGUGGGAGCAAGCGUAUCCUUUGAGAAAAAGCCAGCUUGGAAACAUGACCUUCGCUGAUGAAUUAUUGAACCGACACUCCUCCGUGUAUCAGGAUCCGAAUGGAUACCAAGCGAUUGCGUCCGACUUUAUUUCGAUGUACGGCAACACAGAGGGCUUCGGCGACGGCAUAGAGAGAUGGAAAAAUGCAUUUCCGAAACUGGUACAAUAUUUGGAUCGGCCAUAUAAGGAUGAGUUCUCCAAAAGUAUUCUGGAGUCAUUGAAAGCCACGGAUACACACAUAAACACUAAAAACUGCUCAAUCCUUCUGCUGCUGAAUAACAUAUUGAAGCCAACGAAAAACACACGAAACUUCAAACCAUCGGUUCUGGUAGCUCAAGAAGAGGUGAUUUGA